AUGCGCAUGUUUACAGUGCGUCGCGCGGCGAUUGUCACUCGUCAGAACUGGGGUAUUGGCUUCUCUUUGAGGGCUCUCCCAAAAAUACCUUCAGCACGACGAGGGCUGCUUACUCAGAGCUAUGCUUGUGGACCAAGAGAGCCACCUUUGAUUGACUCAACUGUUGGAGACCACUUCGCCAGUAUUGUCAGCCAAUAUGGCGAUAGGGAAGCCGUCAUAUCAAAGCAUCAGAAUCACAGACUGACCUACGCCUCACUCGAUGCCAAAAGUAAUGCCCUUGCGCGGGGACUGGAAUCUGUGGGUGUGCGGAAAGGGGACCGUGUCGGCAUCAUGCUUGGAAAUUCCUCGGAGUAUGCCAUUGCGACCUAUGCAUUGUUCAAACUCGGAGCCAUCCUGGUACCGCUUAAUCCUUCGUUUAAUGCAACUCAAGUCAUCUCGGCGUUGAGCCAUCUGGGAGCCGCCCAUUUGAUCAUCAGUGCCGAGUCCAAUUUACCGCGGAAAGACCCCCGGAGCAAUGUCCCACUACUCAAGCACCUUAUUCAGGAUCUCCACACAGGAAAAUUAGAGUCCGCAGUGGUGCCUUCACUGAAGAACGUUAUUUGUGUUGACAACUCUUCCGGCAGAGUCAAAUGGUCGGACUAUAAGAGCCUGACGCCUUUCACAUCGGUCAUAUCCGACAACGUCGCUGAUGCGAAUCCACUGCCUCCUCAGGAUCUCUCGCCUAACGAUGUAGUGAACAUCCAAUUCACGUCAGGCACCACCGCCAUGCCCAAAGCAGCAUGCCUGAGCCACCGCUCAAUCUUGAACAAUGGUUCUCAGAUUGGCGAUCGAAUGCGGUUAACCGCAAAUGACAUCGUAUGCUGUCCUCCACCCUUGUUCCACUGCUUCGGAUGCAUUCUGGGCUACAUGGCAACUGCUACUCAUGGCUCUGCCAUUGUAUUCCCCACAGAAUCAUUCAACGCCUGUGCCACUCUGAAAGCCGUGCAGGAGGAAAAAUGUACUGCACUUUACGGCGUGCCUACCAUGUUCCUUGAAGAGCUCAGCCUGCUUCAGGACGGCGAAGUAGAACACAAAGGUUUUGAGUUUCUCCGGACAGGCAUUGCUGCUGGUAGUAGUAUUCCAGAAGCACUCAUGAAGAAGCUGCACAAGGUCCUCAAUCUCACAGAAUUAACUAUCUGCUACGGCAUGACAGAAACUAGCCCCGUCUCAGCUAUGACAGCAACCGAUGACCCAUUAGAUAAACGGAUUAGUACUGUCGGUAGACUGAUGCCUCAUGUUGAAGCCAAGGUCGUGGACCCAGCGGAUCGAAGCAAGAUCCUUCCCAUCAAUACCCGGGGUGAGCUGGCUGUGUCUGGGUACUUGCUAAUGAAGGAGUACUGGGGUGAUCCACACAGGACCGCCGAAGUGAUGAUCGCAGACCAAGAAGGGAAGAUCUGGAUGCAUACUGGCGACGAAGCCUCCAUGUCACCGGAUGGCUACAUCACGAUCACGGGCCGUAUCAAAGAUCUCAUCAUCCGAGGAGGCGAGAACAUUCACCCUCUAGAGAUCGAGAACUGUCUCCUUACCUGCCCCGGCGUGGCCGAUGUGUCUGUUGUUGGUGUUCCAGACGAGAGAUACGGCGAAGUAGUGGCUGCGUUCAUCAUUUGCAAAGAGCAGGAUCGCAGGAGAGUGACAGAGGACAAGAUCAGAGAGUGGGUUCGCGAGCGACUGAGUAACCACCUCGUUCCGAAAUAUGUUUUCUUCCUUUCACAUUCCGAUUCUUUCCCCAAGACUGCGAGCGGCAAAGUUCAGAAGUUUAAGCUGAAGGAGACUGCCAUCAAGAUUUUGAAAGAGCAGAGCAAUGCUAAUUAG